CUUGCUAUUUGAUGAAAACCUAUUGAACACAAUAUUUUAUUUAGCUGAUAACAUGCACUUUCUUGUGUUGGAGCCGAAUUUUUAUCUAAAUCUUAUCGAGAAGAGGAGCUUUUGUUUUUGGUUAUUCCUUUACUUUGCCAUUGAAAACGAAAAGAGUUUUGACACGAUAAGAGCCCGUAUAGUUAAUUUGGAAGCAAAACUAACACAAUGCCCAGCUUCAACAAUCAAUCCUAAACUAUUAAACUAUGAAAAUAUUAAAGGGUCACUGAUCUGCCUUCGCAGUCUAAAACAAGCAAAGAUUGACACGAAAUCGAACUCCCCAUCACCAGAAGAAAUACAAAAGUACAUGUUGGCUGUCAUGGAGGAAUAUGCCGCGAUGGUGAAGUUUGAGCCUUUUCAGUUCUAUGUUCAUCAGAAAUGUUUACAUGUGAUUGCGACAUUUCUAACCACAGAAUCUGCUGCUAAUAUUGAUGAUUCUACCUCAAAAGCGUAUACAGAGUUGACUACAAAGCAUAUCCGAGAACACAAACUACUCGAUAUCUUUCAAGAAAAUUCUUCACUGCCUAUUAUUCAUAAUACUUUACAAGCGAUUAGGCUUCUUACAAAGUUAUAUAAAGUUGUAGCAAUGAAUUUUGCAGAGGAUGGAUUGAUUAUUCUGCUAACAAAACAGUUAAUGGAAUACACAAGGAGUAACAUAAGCGCAAAUUCUGCGACUGGGGUGACAGAGCAUGUCGUGAAAAUCAUUUUUGAAAUAUUACUUAACAUAUCACAUUACGAAGAGAAUAAACAAUAUUUUAUUGAAAGCCGCAUCCUAGAGAUGUUAAAAAAACGUUUUUCGUCUUCAAAAAUCAAGCAGGAUAUUAUCAUACUCAUCUCGUCGAUAAGCAAUCAAGCUAACGAACUUCCUAGUUUAAGUGGUAUACAUUUUGCAUUUAAAAACUAUUCUAAAUAUACGAGCCAUCGGCUACCAAUACAAAUUGAAAAAAAUUGAAACAAAAUAUAUGCAUUAUUAUUCAACACAACUCCAUAUCAAAUGCAAACUGUGAUUGAGUUACUUAAAUGAUUCCGUUAAA